AGUGUUGUAGCGCGCUAGCGGGGUUUUACGUUCAGUUUCCGUGUACGUUCCGUGCAGUGUACGUGUUAACGUUGGACGUUCCGUUUCGCAAACCUUAGGUUUCAAGUGUUCGUGUGAACUCUUUUCAAAUCAUAGUUUUAUAUUUUUUAUUUUUUACAUUCUCCUCAUCACGGUUCGUUGAUAUUGUUCAUAUAUGGAUUAUUGUCGAGUGCUCCUCGGGGAACGUAUAACGAACUGUAGCGACGUCACCACCAUCGUCUACGGAUACUAACGAUUCUCGUAAGCAAAGCGUGGGUACACGCCGUCAACAGUUAUCGGCGAACAUGCAGAUGGGUAAGCGACAACACUGUUAUCUGUGCGACUUGCCCCGCAUGCCGUGGGCCAUGUUGCACGACUUCUCCGAGCCCGUGUGUCGUGGCUGCGUCAAUUACGAAGGAGCGGACCGCAUCGAACUGGUGAUCGAGACGGCUAGGCAGAUGAAGCGCGCCCACGGGUUUCAAGAAUCCGCGCGGUCCUCGUCCGUCGGCGGAGGCAGCUCGUCCGUGAACAUCAACGCGCACCACCCGAAAAACUCGCACCGGCACGAGAACGGCACGCUUGAAGUGGUCGGCUUAACGCCCCAGGCGCACCAGUUGACCGCGCGGCAAACGCAACAGCAGCAACAACCGCCGCCGCCGCCGCCGACCACGGUCACGUCGCAUUACGCGACGCUGCACCAUCCGCGGUCCACGCUCAUGGAAUACCCCGGCCGGUCGGUCGGCGCCGGCGUCAACCACGCGGGCGAUCACGACACGGCCAUGAGCAGCAGGACGUCGGUGCGUCUGCAACAGAGCCAACAGCAGCAACACAUGGCCCAUCACAUUCCGAGCCGGGCGCAGACGGGCAAUCAGGGGCUGAAGCGAGGCCUUAGCUCGCAGGUCGACGAUGACGAUCAUCACGUGGAGAGCAACAAGCGCAUGAUGGAGGAACAACAUCAACAGCAACAGCAGCAGCAGAGACCGCCUAUGCAAAGAGGCGAUUCGCUGCCGGCCGUCAGCCUCGCCGUGCCUUUCGUCGAAAGAACGUUCAAAGCGGAGGCCAAACACCCGCUGAGAACCACGUCGUUCGAUGCGUCCUCGUUCAAGACAGCUGGUGGAUAUGCGUCAGUUGCCGUGGCACAACAGUGCAUGACCAACGGCACCGGACCGGCGGCUGGAUCGCCGCUGGCCGCCGGCCGGACAACCGGGUCGCCAACGGACGGACCACCGUCCAUGCAGACGAUCGGUGCCGGUGGUGGCCAACCGGGCGGACCGAACCAACAGAACGGGCCCAACAACCCGAUGGCGGCGCUGAUGAGCGUCGCCGAUAACCUGCCGCCCGGGUCGCCACAGAGCGCCCGAGGCAGUCCGCCUGGCUCGACCGGUCCCAAUAACGCCCAGGCACCUGGCGGUCCCAGGUCCGCUUCCCGAGGAUCUCAACACUCGCCAAACUCCACCGGUGGUUCGUCCAGCGGACGUAGGUCAUCCGGCAGUCGGCACGUCAGCUCCACAACGGUUACGUCGAGCGAGGCCAAUGGCGCCGGUUCGGCCGUCGCCGGUCCGCCCGGCGUCGGUGGUGCUGGCGGGAACGGGCCCGGUGGCGGCGGUAGCGGUGGAGCUACGGCAAACGGCGGUGCCAACGGCGGCAGCGCCCAGAACGCAUCGGCUACGGUCGGCGGCGGCGGCAGUGCCGACGGCGGCGCGGCCGGCACUUCUAUGGAAACCGGUGCACCGACGGUGCCGCUCGUGCCACCAAUCUCCAUACCGCCAACAAAUGCGUCGGCGGCCGCGGCUGCGACUGCAACCAACACGGCCACGCUUAAGUGCACGUUGUGCCAAGAACGGUUGGAAGAUACGCACUUCGUCCAGUGUCCGUCUGUUCCUCUUCACAAGUUCUGUUUCCCGUGCUCCAGAGACAGCAUCAAGCGACAAGGAGCCGGAUCCGAGGUCUACUGCCCAAGUGGCGAUAAGUGUCCACUGGCCAAUUCUAACGUCCCCUGGGCUUUCAUGCAAGGUGAAAUAGCCACCAUAUUGGGCGAAGAAUUCAAAGUGAAGAAAGAACGAGACUCAUAAAUUAUUAUUAUAUAGUAUAAGAAAUAUAUGUAUGAUUGUGUAUGUUACGUAUACACGUAUGUGUGCGAAACGCCCCAUACGGAUCCUAUCAGAUUAAUAUACUUAGGCCUGGAAGGAUCGAGGCCUGAAUGUAAAAUAUACAUUUAUAUACUAAAUCUGUAUAUAUAAAUAUAAAUAUAUUUUAAUUGUAUUACGUUAAAAUGCCAAUAGCUAUUACGGUAUUGUAUGUCAUUAUUAGGCAAUCCUUUAUUUUUAGAUGAAAUUUAGGAUAAAUUACGCCUCGUUAUAUUCUUGUAUAUUCUUUUUUCUUUCAAAAUUAAUUCGGUUGUACUGAAGUAGAAAAAUGACAAAAGGAGGCAAUCUUUUUGGCGAUAAUUAAGACUGACUCAAGUCGUGUUUGUAUUUUAAAUAUUUUAAUAAAACAA